AUGGCCUUCAACUUCAACUGGUCGCCGCUGACGGCCGACGCCGAGUUCUAUCAGCGCGCCCGCGAGAUGCUCACAACUGCCCUGAACAAGUCUCCAAAGCCGCCGAUUAUCGUCGAUGACAUCCUCGUUACCGAGUUCAACCUGGGCUCCGUGCCCCCCGAGCUGGAGAUUCUUGAGAUUGGCGACAUUGCGGAGGAUAGAUUCCGAGGAAUAUUCAAAAUGUGCUAUUCUGGCGACGCCUUCCUGACGUUGAAGACCCGGGUUCAGCGCGACUUCGUUGCAUCGAGCAUUUUCAAUCGCGAUGCCAUUCCCAUGCCAGUGCUUGGAAUGAGCGCGAGCCCCGCCAACGACUACAUAGCCGAGACUCAAUGA